AUGAAUCGUGAUGGUAAUAAUAAUAAUGAUGAUGAGUCUCAACAAGAAGAGUCAUCAUCUCGUCAUUUACUUUUCGCACUUGAAGAUUUACUAAAAAGAAGUCAUAGUAAUUCCAUAUUCACAUCAAAGAUCAAAUAUCAAAGUAAAAGUGUUGAUGAUUUACUUAUACAUCGUCGUCAUCGUCGAGAAAAUUCAACAAAUGAUAGUAAUAAUAUCUCAAUUGCAACAUUAACAAAUCUUGAUUCAUUUGAAAUUGAAUAUGAUGAUGAUGAUGAAGAAAAUAAUAAUGAUUAUGAUUCACAUUUACAACGAAGUAGAUCAACACCUAUUCUAUCAAAAGAAAUCUAUGAUAAAGAAUUAGCUGCUUUUGUACAGUGUGAUCAACAACAACAACAAUCAACUAUUGAUAAUUUUGUUUAUAAUAUCGAUUUAUCUGAUCCGAAUGAUACAUCAGAUCAGUUACAAUCAAGAUUAGCCGUAUUUUUUGAAGAUGAUUAUUCAUCUGAAACAAUAGAUUAUGAACCAAUUGAUAAUUUUAUUAGCUCUCCAUUGAUCAAUAGUUGUUUAACUAUAACUGAAGAAAAUGAAGAAGAACUUGAACAAUUACGUCGUGAUGAUGAUGAUGAAAAACAACAACAACAACAAGAAAAUCUCUGUCUAGAAAUUAAUAAAAGUUUAACCCCAAUAAUUAUAUUAGUCGAUAAUAAUAAUGAUGAAACUAUUCUAUUUGAGAAUGAUAAUCAAAUUGAAAAUAUCGAUGAUUUAUCAUUAAUAACUAUGGAUCAACGUGAAGAUUCCCUCGAUCGUCUUUCAACUAUAUAUGAAUCACCAAGUCCGCAACCUGAUACUGAAGAAGACCUAGUCAAUGAUGAUAUUUAUGAUAAAUUAGUCGUCUAUGAUAUUGCAACUGUUAAUAAAUCAACAAAAUAUUCCAUUAUUCAUCCAAUCCCGAAAUCUAUUAUUUCAACAACUCUAUCCUAUCAUUCUCCGAUUACGUCUGAUCGAACGCGUAUUGAUUCACGCUAUACAGAUGCUUCAAUGGAAGGAUAUUCAAAGCUUAAUAGUACUCUUUCAGUGUCUCGAUUGUGUGGGACAACAGCUACGAUUAUGUCAAAAGUUUAUAAUCAAUCACCUUUAACAAUAAGUCACAAUGAAAAUUCAUCGUCAUCACCAGUAAUCAUUGCUGAUAAUUUGUCUUCAUCAUUAUCAUCUAAACAACAAAUACCAUCACGAUCUUCUCCAAUGUUACUCUCAUCUUCUAUACAAGAACAAUCAGUACCAUCGCAACCAUUCUCUCCACAUAUUAAAACAAUGAAAGUCAUUCAAUCUUCAUCAUCGAGUUUGUCAGAUUUUAUUUCAUCAUCAUCAAUACCACCAUUACAAAACACAAUUCAUUAUAAAGAUAUUCCAGAUAUUCAUCAUUCUUUGACAGAUUGUUCAUUAGUUCAUCCGACUUCGUCUUUAAUUGAUGAAAAUAAUUUAAUAAAAAAAACAAAUAUCAAACAAUAA